GGCGACUACAUCCGGGGCGUUCAGCAGUUUCACAUGUCAAAGAUUUUCCUGCAUGAGAAGAAGCUCCGGGAGUUCCUGUGUAUUUAACCACAUCUUUCAAGAAACGAGAUGGCGCUCAUGGGAGUUCAGCUGGUGGUCAGCCUGCUGGCUGCCAGCAUUAUGCAGAAGAUGGCUCCACAUUGCUCAUUUGCACGCUGGCUCGUUUGUAACGGCAGUUUGUUCAGGUUCAAACAUCCUUCAGAAGGGGAACUGUGUGCUUUGGCAGGAAAGCAGAUGCCCAAACAAAACAGGAGAGACAGGAGGCAGAAUGGGGAGAACAAACCACUCACUGUGCCCAGAGACAUCGACUUACACUUGGAUAAAGCUCCGGUCAACGUGAUUGAUGCUCUUGUGCUGCGUUUUUUCCUGGAGUACCAGUGGCUCGUAGAUUUUGCAGUCUAUGCAAUGGGCAUCUUCCUGUUCACCGAGUGUUACUACAGUGUGGUAGAUGCCAGCAAAGAGGUCAAUAUUGGAGCCAUCUGGUGUGUCUUGACCGUUCUCUUCGGACUGAAAACCCUUCACACUCUGAUGAGUCACUACUUCCGCUCUGAGGAAGGUGGCGAGCGCUCAGUGUGCCUUGCCUUUGGCUUCUUGUCUCUUCUUGUGGCCAUGCUGGUGCUGGUGGUCAGAGAGGACUACCUGGAGUUUGGUCUAGAGCCCGGCUUUUCCAGUCUGUUUGACAACAUGGAAAAGUUUGUCAAACAGCAGGGCUACGCUGACUGGUCAAUCCCAGUGACGAAGCUGACGGUGAAGCUCGGUCUGGCUGCUGUAUGUGCCUACAUUGGUGCUCUCUUGGCUUUCCCUGGCCUGCGACUUGCUCAGACUCAUCUAGAUGCCGUACAGAUGAACUCAGACCGCCCACUGAUCCAGAUUUUGCUGCACAUGAGUUUCAUGUCUCCCGUCAUUGUGUUGAUUCUGUGGGUGAAACCCAUUGCAAGAGACUUCCUCGCUAAUGCUCCCCUGGGAAAGAGCUCUGUCACAAUAGUAUCCAGUGACACUUUUGACAGCAUGCGCUUGUGGAUCAUCGUGGUACUGUGCGCGCUGCGGCUGGCUAUGACACGUUACCACCUGCAGGCCUACCUCAACCUGGCUCCGAAGUGGGUGGAGCAGAUGAAGAAGGAGGCAGGACGUAUUGCCGCCAUUGACAUCCAGAGGAAGGUUACACGUGUAUUUUGCUACCUGACGGUAGUAACUCUUCAGUAUCUGAUUCCCAUUCUGCUCAUCCUCUUCUCCACACUGGCACUCAAGACACUGGGGAACUUCUCCUGGGCCACGGGUGCUGAGGAGGUCCCCGGGAUAACACCAGCACCGGUGAUGCCCACAACGGCACCUGUCCUGUCUGGUGGUCUCGAUGAAGAUGAAGAGGGGAUGGAAGACAUGGAGGAGGACAUCCAGGCCACAGUAGCUCGGCUGUCAGAGGCCUUCACAGCACUGCGGUCCGUCUUAACUCCACUUUUCUUCCGAGGUUUCUUUGCCUUCCUCACCUGGUGGGUGGCUGCCUGCCAGGUCAUCAGCUCGUUGUUUGGCAUUUACUUCCACCAGUACCUUAUGCAGAGCUAACUGAGGAAAACGAAGUGCCAUAUGUCCCUGCAUGUAAUGCAACAGCUACUUGUUAUGCUGUUGAAAAGGUUGCCCACAGAAGGCAAAGAGGAUAUUUCAUUAAAACACACAACUGCAGAUGGAUUGCACCUAGAUUUUGGCUGAAGCAGAAUUACUGAUCAAGGUUGGACUUUUUUUUAAACUGAGUUUAUAGGACACUUUUUGUCCUUGCAAUAUAUACAUAUAUACACACAAUCACAUAGCUGGUUGCUAGCUUGCCUCCUUUGGGUUUUUUUGGUUUUAUUUAACUUGGCUUCACUGUGCUAUAGACUGGCAAUCAUUGAUUAACCUGUAUCACAUAGCUGGUAAUUGGCUCACUUUAAUCACAUUUUUGGCAUCUAAAAAACAAAAGAGUGCAAUUAAACAUAGCUGCUAUUCAUUAAGGUGAAAUAGGAAGUUGGAAAAGUAAAGUCCAGAUUUUCAAAAUAAGACAGUAGACAUGUAACCAUCAUGUUCACCAUCCAACAUGAAAAAUAUGUCCUUGAAUUUUGCAGAAUAAACUAAACGACUUAAUAAAACUUGUAAAGUAAAGUAACCCAGGUUGACAUAUCAUGGUACUUGAUGCUGUCUUAGAUAAUGACAACAGUUUUGAAUUGGCUACUGACAACUGAAUGGCAGUGAACUCUCUCCUUGUUGUUUGGGAGGAGGAUAAUGUUGGUUGUAAUCUGUAAACUUACCACUAGAUGUCACUUAAUUCAACACAGUCGCCCUUUAAUGUUUAAAGAAAGUUUCUUUGUGUUGCUCAACGUUUUUGAAUAAAUACGAUUAGAAUAAAAUAAAUGCUAUAUAAGGUUUAUCAAAACAAAAUGUUGACUUUACUUACUAAAAUAUAAUCUAUACAGUUGACCCUGCUGUUUAUUAAAGAUCUUUUCUUUUUUUUCUUUUCUUUUUUAACCAUGUAAGUGAACAUAGCGUGGUUUUACCUUCCAAAGUCAAGAGAAACAUUUUAAACUUUAUUGUGAGUUCUGUACAUGUAUGAUUCUGUAGAAAUGUUAACUCCAGGCUAAAAGUGAUCCAGCUCUUAUAAUAGCUUAAAACCCAAGUUAAGGCCACAGACGGUGAGCUCACCCUCUAAUCUGUCUCUGUGAUAUAGGCCAGGUAGCUUCCAGCUGCUUUAGCAGAACAUUUUCCUGCAACUUUUCACAUGUACCUAUGCCAGUGUUACCUGAAUUGUUCUCAGUGGAGCACUGUUAAAUGCUGCAUUUAAGACGUUAUAUGGUACCAGGGAACGUGUUUGUACUUGAUCCCGAGUAAUAAGAUGUUGUAUUUUUGUGAGGGGACUCUGUCACCCUUAAAGAACCGAUUCAAGAGUGCUAAAUGUUUUUUUUUGGUUUUGUUUUUAGUUGUCUUUUGUUUUCUUCUUACUAGAUGCUUUAGAUCUUUGAUGCAGCUUGUUUAGUGUAACACAGUUGAUUGAGAAUGAGGUAAAACGGUAGUUCUGGCUGUGUUUUAGUGUCUGAAAGCCAAACAGUGACAAGUUGUUGCUUUUUUUCUGAAGAGUUAACUUCAUUAUUCCUAAGUGCCUGGGAGCUCAGGGAUUUUGAUUCAGUUUUAAAAUCUCCUUCCUCCCCGUUUAUGCAUAUUUAGAACAGUCUGGUGAUACAUUAACACAUUUCUAUUUUUCCUUUUCACACUACCCAUUAGCAACAUUUUCAGUUGCAGUGUCUUAAGUAUCUUCAUCAGUUUCUGCUGUUUUUAUAGUUCUGAUUAAUCAAGCCUACUUUGAAUCCGUCUUCAUCUGUGUAUUUAUUUAUUUAUGAUACAUUGACUCAAAUAACUUCUGUUAUUUAGAAAUGCUACAGAUUCUGUAACUCUGUACAUUUUUGUAUUCUGUUUGUGUCAGGUUUUGAUUUUAAGUGUGUGUGUGUUUUUUUAGAUAGGAUUUUUAAAUGGAAUGCUCUGAAAUCAUUAUACUGUGAAGUUCAUAUGGAAAUGUUGCUCUUUGAGAUUUUUUCUGAAUGCAUGGUGUGAAAAAUUCUGUCUUUAACACGGAUGCUCUUUGCGAGUGUGUGUGUGUGUGUGGGAGUGCAGCUUAAUAAAAACAUGUACAAUUUUCCUGUCA